AUGGGUCUAUGAAGGGUCUUGUUUCAAAUUCUGUGCUGAGACGCAGGCGGAGUAACAGCAACCACUGAGAAGGAGGAUCGGUGGAAAAUGUAUAGGUAGGCUAAUUGUAACGUUCUAAUGUGCAGGAGUAGCGUUCAAAGUUUAGAGCCCAAUUUUACAGAACAGAAGCUUGGACAUUGUAAACGCUGGACGGUCAUGACGAAUGAGAAUCUGUGGCGAUAACAAGGUUUCAUCUGUUUCCACUCUGCAUCCUUGGAUACGUUACGCGCGUGUGUAUUCGUUUAAUUUCAAGAAUGUGUGUGAUACAGAGUGCGAGGAGUACUAUAGUGCGAGGACCGUAACGACUCUUAUGUCCAAUUACAAUCUAAAGUUGUAAAAAUGCACGCAGCUACCAGCCUCUCAAUGGUCAGUUUGCUCAGUUUUGGCUACCUAUCCAUGGAAUGGAUCAAGCCGAAUAAAGUGGAGGAGCACACUCAAAACGAUCCCUCUAUUACUUUUGAGCCCAAACAACCACCACACAUCAUAUUCAUACUGACGGAUGACCAAGGCUUCAAUGACAUAGGUUACCACAACCCAAACAUUCGUACUCCAACUCUAGACAAACUGGCCUCGGAAGGGGUGAAGCUGGAGAAUUAUUACGUUCAACCUAUCUGCACUCCGUCACGCAGUCAGCUGAUCACGGGCAGAUACCAGAUCCACACAGGCCUUCAGCAUUCCAUCAUCCGGCCUCGACAGCCCAACUGCCUCCCCCUGGACAUGACCACACUCCCACAGCGACUACAGGAAGCAGGGUACGCUACUCACAUGGUGGGCAAAUGGCAUCUUGGCUUCUACAGGAAGGAGUGUCUGCCCACACGCAGAGGCUUCCACAGCUACUUUGGCUCUCUGACGGGCAGCGUGGACUACUACACGUAUGGCUCCUGCGACGGACCAGGCCUGUGUGGCUACGACCUCCACGAGGGGGAGACCGUGGCCUGGGGCCGUGGAGGCAAGUUCUCCACCCACCUCUACACACAGAGGGUACGCAAGAUCCUGUCCACUCACGACCCGUCCCGCCAGCCCCUCUUCAUGUUCCUCUCCCUCCAGGCUGUCCACACGCCCCUUCAGUCACCCAAGGCCUACAUCUACCCCUACCGCGGGAUGGGGAACGUAGCCAGAAGGAAGUACGCAGCCUUGGUGUCCAUCGUAGACGAGGCUGUACGCAAUGUCACCUACGCUCUGCGCAAGUACGGCUACUACCGCAACAGUGUGCUCAUCUUUUCCACUGACAACGGUGCCCAGCCGUUCACUGGGGGGAGUAACUGGCCCCUACGGGGACGUAAGGGGACCUACUGGGAGGGAGGUGUCCGUGGGGUGGGCUUCGUACACAGCCCACUGCUGCGUAACAAGCGGAGGGUCUCCAAGGCCCUCAUGCACAUCACUGACUGGUAUCCAACCCUGGUGGGUUUGGCUGGGGGUAACGUGUCACUGACUGAGGGUCUGGAUGGCUACAAUGUGUGGCCAACCAUCAGUGAAGGCAAAGAGUCUCCACGCCUGGAGAUACUCCAUAACAUUGACCCGCUCCAUCGGCGCACUGGCCUGCCCCCAUCUGGUUCUGGGCAGGAGGCCCAGCAUUUGUGGGACACCACGGUACAGGCUGCCAUCCGGGUGGGGGACUGGAAGCUGCUAACAGGGGACCCGGGCCAUGGAGACUGGGUCCCACCACAGGUACUGGCCAACUUCCCCGGCAGCUGGUGGACCCUGGAGCGGAACACUGGAGGAACAAGGAAGUCUGUGUGGCUCUUUAACAUCACAGUAGACCCCUAUGAACGCAGUGACCUGGCGCUGCAGAGGCCUGAUGUGGUCAAACAGCUGUUAGCACGUCUGGCCUACUACAACCACACUGCCGUCCCGGUCCGAUUCCCAACUGACGACCCCCGGGCCAACCCAGACCGCAACGGGGGAGCCUGGGUACCCUGGGUCGGGGGGGACGAAGACGAGCAGAAAUGGAACGGGGUCUACAAAAAGGGGAGGAAUAAAAGGAAGAAGAAAUGCAAGCUGGGUAAACUGAGAUCCUUUUUCAAGAAACUGAAUACAAGGAUAAUGUCCAAUAGAAUAUGAGCUGGGAAAGUGAAUGGCACUCAGUCACAUGUAGCCUUUAUCAGGGUUGGGUAGGUAACUUUCUAAAUGUAAUCCGUUACUCCCCAAUCCUGACUAUACAUUUAACACUGCAACAAUAUUCUGAGCCAGCAAUAUCCGUUUUCACACCUGUGUGUGCUUGUGAAAAGGGAAAAUGAUAUUUACUAUUGUGCAUCUCUUUGUCUGUGCCUUUAGAUGUUUUUGGAUGUAAGACUAUUGUGUUCUAUGGUAUUUGUUAAAUGUUCCAGUACAUCUAUACGUAGUGUGUAGCUAAGUGAAUUGAACAUGCUGCAUGUAUACUUUGACCUACUCAAUUGUGGGUUAAUGGACUACUAAUUAACUGACCUGUUUUGGGAAUGUUUUUGAGAAUGUCUAAGAAAUGAAACAACUUAUUUGUUGUUGUUGUUGAUAACCACAGAAAGUAACGUCAGAUUCUUUACUUCUUUGUGAAAACCAAAAACUGGUUGAGGCAAUGUUGUUUCCACGUCAUUUCAACCCCCCAAAAAUCGAUGUGAUGAUGUUGAUUCAACGUAGAAAACUCAUUGGAUUCACAAUAAAUCAUCAGCAUAAGGGCAUUUGUUUUUUUUACACCCAACCUUUAACCUAAACCCAAUGACAUGGUGACAUUUGUUGUUGAAUUCACAUUAGUUGACAACUCAACCAAGUAUAAAUCAAAGCUAGAUGUUGAACUGACGUCUGUGCCCAGUGGGUAACAUCAUAUUCCUCUAUAUGUCUUUAUGAUAACCCCAUAAACUAACAUCAUAUUCCUCUAUAUGUC